CCAGCUGGUGUGAGAAUGAAUGCUGACGAUUGCAAUGGCCGUUCCUAUAUGUCAGGCAGUGGGGAUUCUUCGACAGAAAGAGAGUUUUUCGCAGGACUUAGGGGACCAACCGUAAGCACUCCAAACAGUCAGCACUCCUCUCCUAGCCGCUCCCUCAGUGCUAACUCUAUUAAGGUGGAGCUCUACAGUGAUGAAGAGCCAGGUGGAGCUCCACUGGCAGAGAGGAGAGGGGGAGAGAGGGAGGAAGGAUGGAAAGAUGACAAGGGGGAAGUUGCUGAGGAGGGGAAUGUCGAGCUGGGUGGAGGUGUGAGGGGACAGGCAGGGAGCGUUUGUGCUGAAAUGGCCAGUCCAGAACCAGCAUCUCCUGGACCCAUCAGACUGCCCAACGGGAAGCUGAAAUGCGAGGUGUGUGGUAUGAUCUGCAUCGGUCCAAACGUGCUGAUGGUGCACAAGCGCAGCCACACUGGUGAGCGACCAUUCCAGUGUAACCAGUGCGGUGCCUCCUUCACUCAGAAAGGUAACUUGUUGCGUCACAUCAAGCUACAUUCUGGAGAGAAGCCCUUCAAAUGCCCCUUUUGUAACUAUGCCUGCCGUCGCCGUGACGCCCUGACAGGACAUCUUCGUACACACUCUGUAUCAUCCCCAACUGUAGGGAAACCCUAUAAGUGCAGUUACUGUGGCCGCAGCUAUAAGCAGCAGAGCACACUGGAGGAACAUCGCGAGCGGUGCCACAGUUACCUACAGAGUCUGGACCACCAGCCUGCGCACAGCACUCAGACUGCACAGGGUGAAGAGCCACGUAAUCUGGAGGCGAUGCCCGAAACUGUGCUCCAGCCCUCUUCGGAAAAGUUAACGUUUAUCGAUCGGCUGGCCAACAGCAUCACAAAGAGGAAAAGAUCCACACCCCAGAAAUUCCUAGGGGAAAAGCACAUGCGACUGAACAUGUCUGAUGCACCUUACGAGCUGAGUCUCAGCCCUGAGAAAGAAGGCGACCCGUUGGGGUCACACGCUGGCUCGGGGGGAGACACAGCCGGUCUAGUGGGCGUGGGAGGGCGCUAUCUCCGGGGGCCUAGGGUGAGUGGUGAGGAUGUCGACACCGCCCGGGCACUGCGGCUGCCCCCUCCUCACCCCUCCUGUCUGUCAGAGUUCACUCCUGUCAUCAGCUCUGUCUAUUCCCACCUCCCCCCCUUGGGUCAGCGCCUAAACUGCGGAGGGAGCGUCUCCAUCAGCCUGGCGGGACGAGAAGCCGGAGAGGGUCACGAAGACACACCCUCCGGCCGCAGCCACGCAGCCUCACCCAGUAACGGUUGCCACGACUCCACGGACACAGAGAGCAUGGCGGAGGAGCAGUGCACCAUCGCCGCGGCGCCACCCAGCAACUCCAACCAUCGUGGGCGUGAUCGGCACAGCCCCAGUCAAGCCAAAGAGAUGGACUUGGAAGGGGAGAGGGGGGAAAGGGGAGGCCCGGCAGGUGUGUCGGUGGGCACAGCCAAGGGGAGUCCGCGUUCGCCCCACUCCUCCAGGGAGGCCAUGCAGCUGGUGGACGGGGAGGGGCGGCCGGUGCGCUCCUUCCGCUGCGAGCAUUGCCGCAUCUUCUUCCUGGACCAUGUCAUGUUCACCAUCCACAUGGGCUGCCACGGAUUCCGCCAGCCCUUCGAGUGCAACAUCUGCGGCCACCGCAGCCAGGACCGCUAUGAGUUCUCCUCCCACAUUGUCCGUGGGGAGCACCAGGUGGGCUGA